AUGCAUACCACCGCCAAUCAAAAUUUCGAAAAACCCAUGAGACAACUGGACAGGCAAGACCAAAAUACCGGCAAAGGAAACGAAGGAAGACUUAACAACGAAGGGAGUGGAAAGAUUGAACGAAGCAAGAAAAACAAAACUGCGAUGACCAAGCCGAGCGGGACGCAAGGCAAUCGGAAACGCUCGCUGAGCAAGUCGACCAAGAGAACGGCCGCGGAGACGGAUGGACAGAGUCCCAACAAGUCGACGGCGGUGGUCGAUAAGGAUGACCUUCCGGCACGCCUGAAUGCGGUUGUCAGUCUCGACCAAGCCGAGGAGGGGAUCGGGGAGUUCGAGGACGCCUGGGAGGACGAGUUCGAGGAUGAGAUCGGCUCCGAGGGUCAUAGCGUUCACUUCAAUCCUGACGACGAGGAGGACGAGAACGAGGACGAGGAUAUCAUCCCUGGGGAUGGAAAAGAACUUGGACAGGACGAGGAUGACGAACAGGAUGGAAUGGCCAAAGACCGCUCUCGAUCUGCCUCUCCACAGGCAUACCUACCCCACCUCCACGGAAACAAACUCGCGGAAGAUGAGGAACUUGUUGCGGAUCCGACGGCGUACAAGAUGUUACAUAGCUUAUCAUUGACAUGGCCGGCGCUUUCUUUUGAUGUGCUUCGGGAUGACCUUGGCGAGCAACGGAGUCGUAUGCCCCAUUCGGCGUGUAUCGUGGCGGGAACCCAAGCGGAGAUGAGUGGGGACGUGGACCAGGAUGAGAUCAUGAUUAUGAAGUGGGAAGGGCUGAGCCGGAUGCGCAAGGACCCGACUCUGGAAGACGAGGACGAGGAAGAAGAUGAAGAGGAAGACGAGGACGAAGUCGAGGAAGAGCCGACCCUUUCCUUCAGGACAAUUCCCCACAAAGGCUCUGUCAACCGGGUCAAGGCCCAAUCUUUGCCCACCCCGCUCUCCCUCCGACCGCCUCGACCUCCGGACAACUACUUUGCCGCUACCUUUUCCGGCACUGGAAAGGUGCACAUCUUUGACAUUGCACCUCAGCUAUAUGCGCUCCAAUGUCCGGCCGAUGCGGCCGAUCAGCCGAUGUCGAAGAAGCCGUUUCACACCAUCAACAGCCACGGCCGGGCCGAAGGCUUCGCGCUCUCAUGGGGUCCAGCCAACACUAAUCAAACCGGUGGAGCCUCGUUACGACUCUUGACCGGUGACGUUCACUCCAAGAUCUUCCUGACCACCUCCACCAAGGCCGGCUUCACCACCAAUGCCACCCCUUACACCUCCCACACAUCCUCAGUCGAGGAUCUCCAAUGGUCUCCCUCGGAGCCCACCGUCUUUGCUAGCUGCUCCGCCGAUCAGAGUCUCAGGAUCUGGGACAUCCGCGUCAAGGAACGUAAGAACGUCCUCGGCGUCAGCAAGGCCCAUCCCGCUGACGUCAAUGUACUCAGUUGGAAUCAGUCCACCUCUUACUUGAUUGUCUCCGGUGGAGACGAAGGAGGGCUUAAAGUCUGGGAUCUCAGGAACCUCCAAUCGAAAAACAAACAAGAGAACAGACCGGUAGCCGAUUUCCAAUACCACAAGUCAGCAAUCACCUCAGUCGAAUGGAACGCACUAGAGGAUUCAUGUUUUGCGGCAUCGAGUGCGGACGACCAGGUGACGUUGUGGGACCUGUCGGUGGAGGUGGAUGCGGAGGAGAAAAAGACGAUGGCUAAGGACAAUGCUCAGCAACCGUUUCCAGACCAACUCCUCUUCUCGCAUCAGGGCCAGAAAGAAAUUAAGGAGGUUCAUUGGCAUCCUCAGAUCCCUGGCUGCGUCAUUAGUACCGCCCUGGACGGCUUGAACGUGUUCAAGACGAUUUCGAUUUGAAGGGAAAAGGAAAUGGCAUGUCAAAUUUGUGGAGACUCGUUUUAUUUUUCGGUGCUUUUUUUUUGAACUCUCCGUAUUAUCGCGUGCCUCUCUACUCUAUGUGUUGUCUGUUCUACCAUCUACAGACACCAAGAAAAUACCACACCAAAAACGACCGUAUCAAAAAUCGCCCCGUUGUAGUCUUGUCUGUGGUAGUGCUUCAUACUUAAUCUAAAACGUAUUACCUUUGGUAAAUGUUCACAUCCUCCCGAAAUGUGUCGCUUACUGAAAACUAAGACAGACGUUG